AUGUCAACGUACAAGCAGAGGCAGCAAACGGCCGGCUUCCUACGUUGCCGCUACUAUUACUGUUGCUGCUGCUGCUGCUGCUGCUACUCCACCCGACCAAUCCGAUCUACUUUCCUGCCCGCCUGGGUGAGCGGCGUGCCCCGCGAGCGGCUCCGCGACUUCCAGCACCACAAGCGCGUGGGCAACUACCUCAUCGGCAGCAGGAAGCUGGGCGAGGGCUCCUUCGCCAAGGUGCGCGAGGGGCUGCACGUGCUGACCGGAGAGAAGGUGGCUAUAAAAGUCAUCGAUAAGAAGAGAGCCAAAAAGGACACUUAUGUCACCAAAAACCUUCGGCGAGAGGGGCAGAUCCAGCAGAUGAUCCGUCACCCCAACAUCACCCAGCUCCUUGACAUCUUGGAGACAGAAAACAGCUACUAUCUGGUCAUGGAGCUGUGCCCCGGCGGCAACCUCAUGCACAAGAUCUACGAGAAGAAGCGGCUGGAGGAGGCAGAGGCCCGCAGAUACAUCCGGCAGCUCAUCUCUGCAGUGGAGCAUCUGCACCGGGCUGGCGUGGUCCACAGGGACUUGAAGAUAGAAAAUUUGCUGCUAGAUGAAGACAAUAAUAUCAAGCUGAUAGACUUUGGCUUGAGCAACUGUGCGGGGAUCCUGGGUUACUCGGACCCGUUCAGCACGCAGUGUGGCAGCCCCGCCUACGCUGCGCCCGAACUGCUGGCCCGGAAGAAAUACGGCCCCAAAAUUGAUGUCUGGUCCAUCGGGGUGAACAUGUACGCCAUGCUGACUGGGACCUUGCCUUUCACCGCGGAGCCUUUUAGCCUGAGAGCUUUGUACCAGAAGAUGGUGGGCAAGGAAAUGAACCCUCUCCCCACUCAACUCUCCACAGGCGCCAUCACCUUCCUGCGCUCUCUCCUGGAACCCGAUCCCGUGAAGAGGCCAAAUAUUCAGCAAGCACUGGCGAAUCGCUGGCUCAAUGAGAAUUACACAGGCAAGGUGCCCUGCAACAUCACCUACCCCAACAGGAUCCACCUGGAGGAGCUGAGCCCGAGUGUGGUGCUGCACAUGACGGAGAAGCUGGGCUUCAAGAACAGCGACGUGAUCAACACCGUGCUCUCCAACCGCGCCUGCCACAUCCUCGCCAUCUACUUCCUCCUGAACAAGAAGCUGGAGCGCUAUCUGUCCGGGAAAUCCGACCUCCAGGACAGCGUCUGCUACAAGACCCAACUCUACCAGAUAGAGAAGUGCAGGGCGACCAAGGGGCCCUAUGAGGCCUCCCUGGACACCUGGACAAGAGACCUGGAAUUCCAUGCUGUGCAGGAUAAAAAGCCCAAAGAACAGGAGAAAAGAGGGGAUUUUCUCCACUGGCCAUUUUCCAAGAAGUUGGACAAGAACCUAGCCCCCCACAAGCAGGCCAACGGCUCACUCAUCACGCAGAUCCAGGGCACCAAGGCGCUGCUGCGGGACCGGAAGGCCCCCAAGCCUGGUCUCCCCGACAAAGAUGCCUUUGGCUGCCGCAGCAUUUUCCGCAAAACCUCGGAUUCCAAUUGUGUGGCUUCUUCAUCCAUGGAGUUCAUUGCCGUCCCGCCUCCGAGGACCCCCAGAAUCGUAAAGAAACCAGAGCCCCACCAGCAAGGGCCGGGGAGCACCAGCCUCUCCCCUAAAGAGGAGACCCUCCUGAUGCUGGAUAUGGUGCGCUCCUUUGAGUCCGUGGACCGUGAUGACCCCACAGAACUGCUGCUUUCCCCGGCCCAUCACUACCGGGUCCUGGGCUCCCCGGUGAACUGUGCUCGCAGGAAUUCCAGCGAGAGGACGCUCUCCCUGGGCCUGCCACCCGGAAGCACCUCACCUGUGCAGACGCCGUCACACCCCACGCUGGUCUCUUUCGCUCAUGAAGACAAGAACAGCCACCCCAGGGACGAAGGCGUGUGCUCCCCACCCCCGGUCCUCACUGUAGGCACCGCACAGCCUCUGGGGAGCCCGAAUUGUGUGAAGAGCCGCGGCAGGUUCCCCAUGAUGGGCAUUGGGCAGAUGCUAAGGAAGCGGCAUCAGAGCCUGCAGCCCUCAGCCGACAGGCUCCUAGAGACCAGCAUGCCACCGCUGCAGCCUCUGGCCCCCGUCAGCCUCUCCCUCGAUAUGGCCGAUGGCCUCAAAGGCCAGUGUUAACCUGGCCCUCGGGGUUCCUGGUCUGCUGGGACAGGGCUCUGCACAUCUGCCAGGACCUGAAGAGACUGAGACCUCACCUUUUGCCAGCUCGUGUGUCUGCUCCAGCUUUGGAACAGCCGACCCGUCCUCAGCUUGUACCACCCAGCCCCACAGGGGACCCCCAGAGAUGCUGGUAACUUUCACCAGAGCUGGCUACUGGUGUAGCCAGUUUCAGCAUUCCGACCCCCUUCUUCCCAUCCACUCUCCAGUUCCCCCCAACCCCGGCCCAUGCUGAUCCCAUGUCCAGAAGAAGGGAACCCCGCAGAGCCUGCGCUAUCCCCGUAAAUCAGUUUCACACUGUGAUCCAUAGGAUGAUUGCCAGGCCUUUCUCCCUUGUCUAGCUCAGUCUGCAGGCUCUACUAAAGCCCAUUCAGCAUCACAGCAACCCACAGGCCUCCGCUGACAGACAGGUGAUGCUAGGCAUACGGUGCCCUGGCUGGGAACCAAACCUGGGCCUCCCAUAUGGAAGACAAGAAUUCCACCACUGAAGCCCCACUGCCCCUGGGCUUGGGGAGGAGCACCAGGAAUCAGCCUCCUGUCUGGGUCCCGGGGAUGACGCAGACUAUUUCAAGACCUCUCUGCACCAGAGCGCUGUGUGUGCCUUGGUGCAGGGCUCUGCUCUCGAGACUGGCGGGCCCAGCAGCUUCCCACGGUGGCCCAUCCAUCCACAGAGGUGCUCACAGCCCUCCCCCGAUUCCUCUGCUGGUGAAGCAGCAGGGAAGGCCAGCAGGAACUGCAAGCAGGAGCUCUACUCCCAGCAACUCAAGGGAGAGGGGAGCCACGCCCCCAGCUGCGACCCUGCUCGCUCGGCGGAGAACGGGCAGUUGAACGUUGAGCGCUGAACCCACGGUGAGCGCCCUGCUGAAUGACUGAAGAGAAGGGAGCACUCGUUCCGAAACGCUGUUCUGACCCUUGGUUUCCUGGUCGGUUUGGUUGUGGGGUGAAAACUGCCGACGGUUGAAUUCUCUUCCCUGGAGAGGUUUUUCUUCAUGUGCUGUCAUUAGAUCAAAAUAGCCCGAUUUGUAAAAAACCUAGGUGGAGAGACGGGACACAGUUCCACCAGAGUCCUGCUUUCACGGGAGGACACAGCGGGCAGAGCCUGGGCACUCAGGGCUGUGGGCCCACCAUCACUCGGAUCCUUCCGGAGGGCACGCACGGAGCACAGUUAGAAAGUGGGAAAAGGGGUUAAGGCUGAAUUUGAGCAGCAAGAAGGCACCCUUACCUCUGGGCAGUGCAGUAUUGGAGCUGCCAGGCAAGCGAGUGCUUCAGAGCUCACUUCGUCUGCCCUGAUCCGGGAGCAGGCUUGCCUGGGGGUGGGGGGUGGGGGUGUUCAGAUCAAAGUCCCGUUUCUUCGUCGAGGAAACGAUGUUCUACAAACAGGGUUCUAGUCCAUGUUCUGUGUUCACACACCUUUUGCCAAGGAUCAAACCAAAGACGCAUCUCUGGUUUUGUGUCUGUUUUGUCCCUCUGUGCACGUUUUGUGGACAUUGGUACUGUCUGACCUUGUUUAGCUGGAGCCUGAAGGGGCUUCUCCCCAGUGUGGGGCACUUGGUUGGGUGUCCUUGGCCAUGGGCAGGAUUGGGUAAUGAAGAGCGCUUAGCACAGGAGAUGGGUUACACGAUGGCACGGAGCCUUCGACUUCUGACCAGAAACCACCACCGUGGACACAGUGGGGUGAUCAGAAACCACCACCGUGGACACAGUGGGGUGACCAGAAACCAUCACUGUGGACACACUGGGCAGCAAUAGUAGUCUCAGCUGACUCCCUAACAGGCCAAGACUUGAGCGGGGGAAGCCUGGCUUCAUUUUCACUGGUAACCAGCCGUUGCCACACAGCUGUGAGGUGCUUCUUCAUAGUGUCCACAGUUAACAGCCUCUGGCGACAUCUUUUAAUCCCCACACGUCACUCAGUGAGGGAAGGAUGAUAUUUGGUUGACUCCUGAAGCCCCCAAGAUGCUUUGGCAAGACCGGGAGCUGCUUCCCCUUCCCGCGGGGCUCCCCCUGACUCUAGGGCACUGUGUGAGGGGGUCACUUCCUGGCCAUUGGUGGUGGUCUUCUGAAUGGCUUCAGACCAACUUCCAGAACUUUGUAAGCAGAGAGAGAGAGAGAGAGAGAAUCACCUGGAGAGGACGCUUCUGUCCAUUUGUGCUAACGUGUUUGAUGUUGGCCCCGGAAGAAACCUUAAAAGAGGUUUCCAGCAGCAGCUGCUGCCCUGCUCUGCGAGCCUGCCCUGGCUUUCCCUGGAUGUUGUGAACUCCUUUAGCCCUUGGUAUCUUUUGCUUGUAUUUUACUUUCCUUGAGAACAGGAGCGUGUGAUUGUUAACUAGGGAAAACGUUUCUCAUUCCUCAUGUGCUUCAAGAACAGCUAUGGACGGUUGAAUGGCUCACUAACCACCGCGCAGUUGGCGACUGGAACUAUGAACUCAGGUUUAUCCUGAACCCAGUGAGAGGUUUGAGGGGGGGGUGAGGUAGCAACUGUGGUUUUGUGACAAGUCUAGAAAUUGAGUGGAAGGAGAAAUGUCAAACUCUUGAUCAGCUUACUGUAUUUAUACGGCAAGCUUGACUGCCCCUUUGUUAAGUGCAUACAGGUGUGUUGUCUGUGUGACCCAGGGCUGCUUUUCAUCAGUCCACUGUGCCUGUGGCUUCAACUGGCCUGGAUUUCAGGCAGAAAUGACUGAAUUAUCAUCACGGGACAUGCAGGAGAGAACUGUCCGUUUCAAUGAUCUGAUUUGGGCAUCAGUAAGGACUCUGUUUAUGUCACUGGGAUGAAAUAUAUGUACUUUUAUAACGACUGUGAAAUAUACUUUCCCCCACUGUGA